AUGACCACCAUCCAGCCCUCGCAUCCCUCCCUCACCUCCAACGAUUCCGCCGUCCUCCAAGCCCUCUUCGACGCGGAAUCCUCUCCCUCCUCCGCCGUCACUAUUGACUCUUCACUACCUGCAUUCCCAGCACAUCUGCACCUACCUGAAGACCUCGAAUCCCUCAGACAACGCGAACUCUCCAUCGUUCGCACCCUCCAACCCACCGCCAUCACCCUCGAGACCAUCCAAACCGCCAUCCAAGACCUCGCCACCCUCAUCGCAGACCACCCGACCUACCCAUCCGCCUACGUGAAUCGCGCUCAAGCCCUCCGUACCCUCAUCGAUCAUCAGACAGGUACUACUACCAACAAUAACGACUUCAGCGAAGAAACCAGUCUCUUCGACCCGACCAACGCCCCAACUACAUCCGCUAUCUUCGACGACCUCUCCAAGGCCAUUUCUCUUUCCACGCCGCUGUCCCCCCCGGACCCGGUGUCGCCCCCGCAGGCCCGCAUCCUCGCGGACGCACACACCCACCGCGCAUAUCUCCUUCUCAAGGCGGCGCGGUGGAAGCGAACCCCAUUUGCGCCACGCGACGGCGGUCCGGCGAAGUUGCGGGACGUGCCGGCCGAUCAGCUCGAGGAGAUGGCGAGUCGGGAUUUCUUCUUCGGUGGUCGGUAUGGGAAUAAAGUUGCGCAGCAGAUGGCCGUGCAAACGAAUCCGUAUGCGAAGAUGUGUGGUGCCAUUGUUAAGGAGGCGAUGAGGAAGGAGAUUGAAGGGUUAUAG